UGUGACUAUAUAUUCCACGCUCGCUGUCCAAAAUCGAAGCUUCUCUCUCUCUGACCCCAAAACAAAACCGUGUCUCCUAUUUAUUUUCCGAUGGGUUUUCCGGUGGGUUACGCGGAGGUGUUCUUCCCGAACCCGUUCCUGCACACGCUGGCCCUCCUCGGCCUCCUCCGAAACCUCGUAUUCUUCCUCCUCCACCUCCUCGGAUUCUCCGACUUCCUCGAAACCGAGGUCGCCUGGCCGGACCACCCCCACCCCUCCGACGAGGCUGCGGCGGCGCGGCCCCCAUCCGCGUCGGCGCUCCUGAUCCGCGACCUCCUUCCCGUCGCCAAGUUCGGAGACUCCGACGUUGGCGCCCAACAAAACGGCUUGUGCGCAGUGUGCCUGUUCGAGUUCUCCGAGGAGGAGGAGGUUCGGUGCCUGCGCAACUGCAAGCACAUUUUCCACCGCACAUGCGUGGACCGUUGGAUCGACCACGAUCAGAAAACGUGCCCUCUCUGUAGGACCCCCUUUGUGCCUGAUGAUAUGCUUGAUGAUUAUAAUCAACGACUCUGGGCUGCUUCUGGGGUUAACGAGUUUUACGCCGAUUACACUUCUUCCUUCUGAACUCUGAAUUUCUGAAUUUCAAUCAUGAAAGUGAAUUGUAUAUAACAAAAACGAAAAUAAAAGGAAAAAAAAAUGAAAAUUUUGAACCAUUGCGUAUUAAUGGAUACACUUUUUAGUUACUA